GAGAGAGAGAGAGAGAGAGAGAAAGUGAGAGCUGGUGAACAGAAGAAUGAGAAAAUGAGUGGUACUACUCUGAUAGUUUAAUGCCCACUCAAUGUACGGUGCUAUAUAUUUCAGUCUUCGUACAUCUCGCCUGUCAGUUUGUGUACAUCCAGCAGUACGCGGCGGUCAGCUGUUUAUAAGAUUUGUUUGUGAAAAUCAUUAGUGUACUAUCUCAUUCAUCAACUAUGCAUACAGUUAAAAGAAAACAACUGGCACUCCAACUCUUCAUAGGUCUUUUCCAACUGUUUCACUUAACAGACAAAGGCUAUGCCUCUCCUGUGACUAUACCGGUUACUCUGACCACCACACUAGGAGAUGUCGUUGGUGUUCGGCAGACGACAGGCGCCACCCCUGUUGAUACAUUCUAUGGAAUCCCAUUUGCGCAGCCUCCUGUUGGCUCGAUGCGGUUUAAGCCCCCAGUGGCGGCAGAACCUUGGGAUGGCGCCAAGUGCGGACUGGAGAAACCGAACUCUUGUUGGCAGGUAGUCGACACUUAUUUUGAUAACUUUCGGGGCGCUAAUAUGUGGAACCCUAAUACGCCACGUAGCGAAGACUGCCUUUAUUUGAAUGUGUGGCGCCCAGCCUGCGAUUCAGGUUGUCAGCCCAAGACAAUCAUGGUGUGGAUAUUUGGGGGCGGUUUCUUUGCAGGCACCUCAACUUUGGAUGUUUAUAAUGCAGCACAACUCGCCGCCAGGAAUGACGUCAUCGUUGUCUCCUUUGGUUACAGAGUCGGCAUAUUUGGUUUUCUUUAUCUUGGGAACGACAGCGCUCCCGGAAACGCCGGUCUGUUAGACCAAGUGAUGGCUCUAAAAUGGGUGAAAGAUAACGCUGUCAAUCUUGGUGGUUCUCCAGAUAAUAUAACAAUCUUUGGAGAGAGUGCAGGGGCAGUGAGUGUUGGCUUUCACCUCCUUUCUCCUCUUUCAAAAGAUCUUUUCAAGUACGCCAUCAUGCAAAGUGCAUCCCCUUUAGCUUUUUGGAGUCUCCAAGAUGUAGAAUUUGCCAGGAGUAGGGCACGUAAACUAGCUAAGGACUUGAGCUGUAAUUUAGAAAGCGCCUCGGAUGUCUUAACCUGUUUGCAAGCAGUGAGUGCUGAAAAAAUCAUUAAUCGCACAUAUGAAUAUAAUACUGAACCAUUUAUAGACGUUGCUUUUGGCCCUGUUAUUGACGGUAACUUUCUCACCGACAAUCCAGUAUCGAUUAUAAAAAGAGGUGAAGCAAAGAAAACUAGAGUUAUCCUUGGUGUUAACAAAAAUGAGGGCUACUACUUUGAAGUCUACGCACACAAGGACAUCUUCGAUCCUCUAAAUAAAAAUGGAACGAUUAGUGAAACUGAUUAUCAAACUAUUCUCAAUUAUUUGUUCAAUAACGAUACCUCUGUGAUUCAGGAAGUGAAACAGAAAUAUCCAGUGGAUUCCAAUAAUUCCUUCUCAACUAAUAUUGACAGCAUAACCGGUGACAUGUUUUUUAAAUGCCCUGUUGUAGAUUUCGCUGAGCUCUACUCCAGACAUUCAGACGCAGUGUACAUGUACAGUUUUGAACACCGGACAAGCCAAACUCCCUGGCCAGAAUGGAUGGGUGUUCUUCACGGCUACGAGAUAGAGGUUAUCUUCGGUUUACCUUUGGCGGCAGGUUCUAAUUACACAGAAGCUGAAAAAGGCCUUAGUUCUUUGAUGAUGAAACUCUGGACGGACUUCGCAAAGACAGGGAAACCCAGCCCAACAGAUGAGGAUCAGUGGCCAGAAUACAAGCCUGAUGUGCAAGCGUACGUAGUUAUUGACAUUGAUGGACCCAGAACAGACCACAAACUUCGCGAUGACCAGUGUCCUUUUAUGGUAAAUAACGCAGAAGAAACACGGAAUACAACUUCCUCGCGAAGCCUUGAAAACGACAGUAUCAAUUCAAAUCCAGUGCUGGUAUUAGACGUCAAUGAAAGCCAAAACAGAAGUAGGAAUUUUUCAAGUGAAUUAUUUACUCAAGAAAACAAUGAAAAUAAUUCAAGCCAGAUGUUUAAUUAUACCUUGCCAAGCCAAGAAUACAAUAGUUCAGACCCAGUGAAAACAAAUACCAAUCAAAACAGUGGGGACAUUACAAGUCUAUAUGCUCAUGAAAAGAUUGAAGAUAACUCAAGUCAAGUGCUAAAUAAUACUUUGUCAAACCAAGAAAACACUAGUUCAGGCCCAAUGCAAAGGAAUACUUACCAAAACGAUGGGGAUGAUCUAAGUCAACUAUUUACUCAGGAAAGCCAUGAAAAUGCCUCAAGCCAACUGUUAUAUAAUACCCUCCCUAUCCAUGAAUACAGUUCAAAUUUUUCCAGCCCAGGGAUAACCGAUAACCAGGAAAAUAUUGAAAAUGCUUUAAGCUACUUGGUAGAUGAUAUUCAGGGAAACAUCGGAAAUGUAUCAAAUCAAGAGCUACCUAAUACCCAGCUAAACCAGGAAAACAGCAAUGUAGUUUAAAACCCAAUGUGGAUUUGAUUUUCAUAGUAUGCAAUCACACAUACAUACACAAUUUACACUCAGGGAUAGAGAUUAUCCAAGUGAAUUCAGAUAAAAUUUAUUGACAUUCUUGCUCUAAAUAAAUGAAAAUAUGGGUUUUCUAUUUCAGGCUUAUCCACAUCCACUCGAGCACACAAGAAAAACAACAGAAAACGUAACAGUAAUAUUCCAACAUUAAAAUUGGUUGUUGAAAAAUAAGAUAAUUUGGCAUGCAGAGAGAGAGAGAGAGAGAGAGAAAGAGAUUAGAUGUGUAUGGCAAACAAUAUAUUAGAAAUAAAACUCUUCCACAAAGUAAUAACAAUACACACAGCAAACAAACACAGGAGACAUCCAAGCUACCCAUUGUAACAACACUGAUAAAAGUUGAUGUCUUGACAUAUUGGCUCGACGUGAAAUUCAGCAAACUUGAGACUAUCUCUGGUUUAUCUUUACAAACAUGGCAACCAAAUGUUAUGUGUAUAUGCUUUUAAAUGGAGUCGGCUGUGCCUUAAAAACAUCAUUUGUAUCUAAACUAGUCGGGCCUCCUAAAGGUAUUAGUGACAGGCUCAUGACCCUAAAGCUGCCUUUACAAAACGGAAAGAAACACAUUUUCAUAGUUAGCUGUUACGCACCCACCAUGACCAACCCAGAUGAUGUCAUAGCAAAGUUCUAUGAAGAACUAAACUCCACCUUACUUGAUAUUCCAAAAAACAGAUAAGUUACCCCAUUCUCGGUGACUUCAACGCAAGAGUCGGCUCUGAACAUCACAUCUGGAAAGUUGUCUUAGGCUAAUUCGGGAUUGGUCAGUGCAACAGCAACGGAUUAUUACUACUCCAGACCUGUGCUGAACACAAGCUGCUCUUAUCAAACAUAAUAUUUUUUCAGUUUCCCAAUGACUAAAGCCAACUUCCUGGAUGCAUCCCCGCUCAAGACACUGGCGUCUCAUAGACUAUGUCAUCACCAGACAAUCCGACCGUCAGGACAUACGUGUCACCAAAUCUUGCUGUGGUGCAGAAUGUGGAACAGACCACCGCCUUAAAACUAAACAUUCGUAUUCAACCAAAGAGACGUACGCAAAAAUCUAAACCCCUAAAAAAGCUAAACACGGCAGACUAGCAGAUGACUAAAUUGAAAAGUCGAUUACAGAUGCGAUAGACAACUGCCUCAAGUCCACCCCUCUAACUGAAUCAAAUGUAGAUAAAAACUGCGAAUGCUUCAAAGAAGCUAUCCAUAGCACAGCAUUAAGCAUAGUCGGAUCUAUGGAGAGAACUGAUUUGAUGAAAACAGUACGAGAUCAGAAAACUAUUAGAUGAAAAGCACAAGCUCCAUAAAUUGUAUCUAAACAACCCAAACUCCCAGUCCACUAAAGAUGCAUUCACAAACAUCCGCAAAAAUGUGCAAAAACUGUUACGCCAAAUGCAAGAUACCUGGCUAAGCAAGAAAGUAGAAACAAUACAGGAAUUUGCUGACAAGAACUUCUUCCAUGCCAUAUACGAGGUCUAUGGACCCACAAAGGCAGACUCAUCCCCUCUACUAAAUGCUGAUGAGACAAUCCUAUUGACAGAUAAGGAAGAAAUCCUAAAACGCUGGGCCGAGCACUUUGAAAAGGUUCUCAAUACACCUUCGAUUAUAAAUGAAGCGGCCAUAGACAGGCUACAGUAAGUACCAAUAAAUGAAAAAAUGUAUGACUCCCCUACGCUAAAGGAAACCAAUCUUGCCAUUCAACAGCUCGCAAGCGGAAAAGCCCCAGGAGCUGACUUCAUUCCCGCAGAUGUCUACAAAAAAGAUGGAUAAGCCCUGAUUGAAAGACUUCAUGAGCUGUUCUUAAUUAUGUGGGAACAAGAGUCAAUACCACAAGACUUUAAAGAUGCCACAAUAGUCCAUCUAUACAAGCGAAAAGGAAACCGCCUAAUCUGCGACAACCACAGAGAACUAUCUCUUCUCUCUAUUGCUGGGAAAAUCCUCGCACGCAUCCUACUAAAUCGGCUCAUGCAACACAUAGAACACGGUCUACUACCGUAAAGCCAGUGCGGCUUCUGAAAAGAGCGUGGAACCAUUGACAUGAUCUUUGUGGCAAGGCAGCUCCAGGAAAAAUGUCCAAGAACAAAAUGCUGACCUCUUCUCAAUAUAUGUCGACCUAACAAAAGCAUUCGACACUGUUAGCAGAGAAGGACUCUGGAAGAUUAUGUCAAAGUAUGGUUGUCCACAAAAAUUCAUAACCAUGGUAAGACUAUUUCAUGAUGGCAUGAAGGCUCGUGUCCAGGAAAGUGGAGAGCCAUCAGAGCUCUUCGAAGUAUCAAAUGGGCCAAAACAAGGCUGUGUCGUAGCACCUACACUGUUCUGUAUCAUGUUCUCUGCUAUGCUGACAGAUGCAUUCACAAAUAGAGAAAACAACGGGAUAAAUAUAACAUACAGAUUUGAUGGUGGCCUAUUCAACCCGAGGCGGCUCAAAGCAAAAUCAAAAAUGAAAUCAGCAUUAACCAGGGACUUGCUAUUUGCUGACAACUGUGCACUAAAUGCCUGCUCUGAAAAUGAUCUGCAGAGCAUCGUCAGUGACUUCUCAAGAGCAUUCUCAGACUUACCAUUAACACACAAAAAAAAACACACACACACACAAAACUGAAGUCUUAUAUUUGUCUGCUCCAGGUAAUCCUACUUGGAUCCAAGCAUCAAGAUAAAUGGACAUGAUAUAAACUCAGUAGACAGAUUCACAUAUCUUGGUAGCACACUCUCCAGAAACGGAAAGAUCGAUAAUGAAAUCGACCUGCGUAUCGCCAAGGCCUGUGCAUCCUAAAAAAGUCUAGAACAGACGUGGUAUCACGACAAAUACAAUGCUAGGGAUCUAUCGAGCUGUCAUCCUCCCUACAUUGCUCUAUUCCUCAUAAACGUGGACAGUGUACAGAAAACAUGCAAGGAAACUGAACAACUUUCACAUGACAUGUCUAAGAAAAAUACUGAAUGUCAAAUGGCAAGACAAAAUACCAGAUACUGAAGUCCUUCGAAGAGCGGGUCUGCAAAGCAUCCACACAAUCCUGAUGCAGUGCCAGAGUGGAAGACUGCCGCAUUCCUAAACGACUCUUGUAUGGCCAACUAAGCGAAGGAAAGCGCUCGCAAGGUGGUCAAAAGAAAACUCUUCAGGGACACCCUCAAAGCUUCUCUGAAGGCGUUCAGCAUAGACCCAGUCACUUGGGAGACAGAGGUACAUGACAGAGCAUCUUGGAGUCGUGAUGUGAAAGCUGGCGCACAGGUUGCUGAGGAAAAGAGAACAACGCUGGCAGAAGAAAAACGCCACAGAAGAAAAGCAAGGCCAAUGACACUAGCUCCAGCUGGAAUAACCUGCCCACGUGUGCAGCCGAACAUUCCGGGCUCACAUAGGUCUCACCAGCCACAUGAGGAGUCAUAAAAUCCCAGUGCAAAGCCCUCAGCCCUCUGGAUGACAAAGUGGUCAUCAUCGAACCACGAUGGACGAACUAUAUAUAAAUGAUCUUUCUAUUACCAGGCCACGAGAAUCACAAAGAUCUAAUACAACCUCACAAAUUGGGAUAACUCCAUUUUUUUGUGUAUCAUUGGAUACCUCUUGUGUUUUUUAUCUUUUGUCUACAUAGGAAAGAGGAGAAGUCUGGGAGAUGGUGAGGGCUGAAAGCCGAGUGGUUAAGUGCAAAUCUAAUGGUCUCGGGUUGAAUUCCUGGCGUGCUAGAUCGUGGAACUUCAAAACUUGGAAUUAACUGAACUGAAGGACGCCGAAUUCAUCUUGCUGAAAAUAAGACACACCCAACCUUGUAAAAACACUGACCGAUGUAAAGGUUGAAAUAAACUGGGUCAGCCUUGAAGAACCCCUGAAUAAACUAUUGUCUACUUUACAAAGAGAAGCUUGAAAUGGGAUGAUAAAACGCUCAUAAUGUUAAAUUACAAAAAAGAGAAACGAUCAACAAUCAGAAAGAUACAUUCGUGUCAGAAAGAGAAAAAAAAAGUUUCAAGUGCCUUUAGAAUUCUGCAUUGAGUUGCCUGAACUAAAAGCUCAAAAUUGCAACUAGAUAUCCCAAAUGUUGAUGUGUACAGUUAUUAAAAAUAAAAAUAAACUUUAUAGAAUCCUAAAUGCUGGUGGUAAAAUCAUCUUUAAAAAAAAAAUCCCAUUUGGGCAGUUGUUUGAGACAAACAUCUAUAAAAAAGCUAACAAGAUCCUCGAAAUAAAGAAUCACCCUCUGUGUCAGGAUUUUGUGAUUUUACCAUCACAAAAGAGAUACAAGACACCGAUAGCAAAGACAAACAGACACAAACACUCUUUUGUUCCCCUGGCAAUCAAAUCAUUAAAUAAGAACAAUCUGGUAUAAACUUUGUCACAUGUAAAUUAUGAGUGCGUCUGGUGUGAACCCUACACUUUGGUUUCUUCUAGUUAUAAUGUUUUUUAUUUGGUGUAAUGCACAAAUUGUAAGACAAAUUUCCAUAUGGACAAUAAAGAUUAUAAUGAAAUGAUAAUAGAUUUUAGGAAACAUAAAGGCCAUCUUACAGAAAUUCAGAUAAAUAACCAAACCAUAGAACAAGUGCAAGAAUAUAAAUAUCUAGGUACAACCAUCGACAACAAACUGAAAUGGAGUGAACACUGUCAAAACCUUUACACAAAAAUUCACCAACGUCUUUUCUCUUAGAAAGCUAAGGAAGUUUAACAUCGACAAAACAAGAAUUACACUUUUGUAUACAAUAACCAUCAGCAGUCUAAUUAACUUUGCCAUCACCUGCUGGUAUGGUAAAACUUCACUUGCACAAAGACUUAGACUAAAUAGACUAAUAAAAAAAAAAGCAUCGUAUAUCACUCGAACACAGCUACCAUCUCUUGAAGAGCUUUUCCAUGAAAGUUGCCUUUCCAAAACACACACGAUUCUUAAAGAUAACCUUCACCCAUUAAACCACUGUUACAUACGAUCUUAACGAAGUGGUUGUCUCCUUUCCAUUAGAACUAAAACAGAAGGAUUUAAAAACUCUUUCAUCUCACUGCCGGUCAGAGUUUUACCAAACCAUCUCUCAUCAUCAAGAAGUUCAUAGAAGUCAAAUUCAUAAAGCGCUGGUCUGUAUGUACUUCGUGUGUGAAUGUUGUUCGUAUUUGCAUCUAUAAUGUUAUUGUUACAGUAGUUACGCUGAGGUUGUCAAUUGUUGUCAAACUGAAUUUCCAUUUGAUUGGAUCAAUAAUAUUAUCUUAUCUUAUAUAUAUAUAUAUAUAAAGGCUUAUAUAUAUAUGCCUACUAUUUAUGUUAUUCACAAAACCUAGCCAAUGCAGUAAAUAAUGAUGGUUUAUUUAUUGCAAGCUCUAUGAAACCUUUGUAUUUUAUUUUCGGUAUUUCCUCACAAAGCCGCAGUUUUAUUUAUAUACAACUUUUUUUUUCAAAUAUCACGAAUUCCGAAUUUUCAAAGCAAUAUUUGUUCUUUUAAGCCUACUUCUUUUUAAUAUGCCUGACGUCGUUUCUACUUCCUUUUAGAAGUGGUCUAAAUUAAAAACAAUACCUUCCUAAUAGCAUUAAUGAGUAGUGUUGGGAACUAAACUAAAUUUAUUUAUUCGAAUCCUCAAAAAGAAUAAGAAUUGCUAUGUACAGGUAUAAACAUAAAGAGUAAGAAAAUGCAGUUUAAGAUUACUAUUCGUUUUAAAUUAGGUCUAACUUAUAAUGCAUACUAAAUAGCUUUUUCUCUUUAAAAUACUGCUUGCAUAAGUGAUUUUAAAAAAUUAGAUUUUUCGCUUUCAGAAAAAAAAAAGUAGCCGUUGCAUCAGAACUUUGAAUGGUCUAAAAUAUUGUGAUGUCCGAUUUUCAAUAUCUUUUCUAGUUUACGAGAUCUAAACGGGACGGACGGACAGACAGACAGACAUUUCACACAAAACUAAUAGCGUCUUUUCCCCUUUCGGGGGCCGCUAAAAAUGCAAACUUUCGACAAAGAUUUCUUUAGUCUAGAUAUGCACAUUAAUGUCCACUAAAUAAUGUCUUGAUUACUAAACCAACGUGAGAGGUAUAAAGGGAUGUGUAACAUGCAACCAAUCUAGAGUGACCUAGAAACGAGGUCAGAAGUUGUUCACGUGAUCAUUCCUUCAUGUCUUCCUGUUUUGUUUUACUGGCUAAUAAUACGUCAUUAAGAAAAUGGCAAAGGAAAGUUUGACAAUUGUUUGUUUUUUAAUAAAAUAAAGUUGAACAAAAAGUGAAA